GUCAUCAAGUGCAAGGCAGCAGUAGCCUGGGAGCCCAAUAAACCUGUGGUGAUUGAAGAAAUUGAGGUAGCCCCACCCCAGGCCAAUGAGGUCCGCAUCAAGAAAUGGCCACAGCUGGAAAGGUCAUCAAGUGCAAGGCAGCAGUAGCCUGGGAGCCCAAUAAACCUGUGGUGAUUGAAGAAAUUGAGGUAGCCCCACCCCAGGCCAAUGAGGUCCGCAUUAAGAUUGUGGCAACAUCACUGUGCCAUUCAGACCUCACCUACCUUGUGGAGAGUAAGGAGGAAUUCUUUCCAGUCGUCCUCGGCCAUGAGGCAGCUGGCAUUGUAGAGAGUGUCGGGCCUGGAGUCACAGAAUUCCAGCCAGGAGACACGGUGAUUCCUCUUUUCCUCCCCCAGUGUCGAGAAUGUCGUUUCUGUAAGAGUCCAAAGACCAACCAGUGUGAAGCGACAUGGAAAAGAGCUGGUCAGAGAGAUCUAAAAGAAUCCAGGUUUACCUGUAAAGGGAAGAAGCUGCGGCAGUUUAUGGGAACCAGCACCUUCUCUGAGUACACUGUGCUCCAUCAGAUGGCUGUGGCUAAGAUCGAUCCUGCUGCUCCUCUGGAUAAAGUCUGUCUUCUUGGCUGUGGGGUCUGCACCGGGUACGGAGCAGCUGUUAAUACUGCCAAGGUUGAGCCGGGCUCCACCUGUGCUGUGUUUGGUCUGGGAGCUGUGGGUUUGGCUGCAGUCAUGGGCUGCAAAGCUGCUGGAGCCAAAAGGAUUAUCGCCGUUGACAUCAACCCAGAGAAAGCCGAGAAGGCCAAGGUGUUUGGAGCCACUGACUUUGUGAACCCCAAGGAUCACACAAAACCCAUCAGUGAAGUGCUGGUUGAGAUGACCAGUGGAGGAGUGGACUACUCUCUGGAAUGUAUUGGGAAUGUGGAAUGCAUGCGCAGUGCUUUGGAGUCCUGUGUGCCAGCCUGGGGUGUCAGUGUGGUUGUCGGAUGGACAGACCUGCAUGACGUAUCCACCCGACCUAUUCAGCUCAUCGCAGGACGUACAUGGACCGGCUGCCUGUUUGGAGGGUUUAAGGGUAAGGAUGCCGUCCCCGAGAUGGUUAAAGCUUAUCUGGACAAGAAGGUGAAGCUGGAUGAGUUCAUCACUCACAACAUGACUCUGGACCAACUCAACGAUGCCAUCGAACUGAUGAAGCACAGCAAAUGUAUCCGAGCAGUGAUGAGAGUUUCUCCACAAUAAGGCCACUGUACUGCUUUCAGUAACACUAAAAUUAUUGUAAACAUUCAUACAAACAGUGCAGAUUUCUCAAUAAAGGGAAUCAACCAACGGUA